GCAACAACAGAAGCCGGGUUAUAGAAUCCGAAGAAGUCAACUAUGGCGGACGGCGAUGGCCGUGAGAAGAGCAUCAAAUUCUUACCUACGAUCAAACAUAACAGGACCAUCCAAGCUAGCAAAGAUCACGAUAUGAAAUUUAAGACAUUUUCAAAGCCACUUAUGCUGCCGAGUAUAGAGCUUAUGUACGCCGAUCUUGACCAAGUUAGUACUUUAUUCUCGAAGAAACAGCUAAACAAAAAAGUUUGUGAGUGGUUUUCAAGCUGGAGGCCUUGGCAGAAGCGCAUUCUCUUGUGUAGCUUGACGGAGAAGUGCACUAAGCCGCAGCUACAAGCCUUGUUUACUACACUACAACCCGUAUUCCACAGGGAUUUUAUAGCAAAGCUCAGAGGGUCUUAUCCAACAGCCCUCAUUCAACCGAAGCUAGUACAUACUAUUUCAACAGUGAUGAACGAAGCAGAGCUUAUGUCGUUAAACCUUGAUACGGAUUCUAGCGCAUCUAAAGACGGCACUAAACUAGAGAGUUUCACAGAGGAUAUUCAACAAUCAAAUUCUUACAUUAGCGAUAAUCUGAAGGAAUUGUUGAAGCCUGAUCACAUUGCAACCUCAAGCAACUCAGAUGAUAAUUUACAAACAAGUUUUAAUGAGGUGACAAUGGAGGAGGGGGUUGAAUAUGGAAAGGUAUUAACAACAGAAAGAGUGACUAUUGGCAUCCCAUCAACUGCAGUCACAGGCCUGGAUCAAUGCCGCUUGCAUGAACAUGCGCCAAAAUUUUCUCGCAAAGUCAGUACUCCAAAUUUUUUCUCACCAUGCCAUGAUUCAGGACGGCUUGGAUUUAUGAAGAGUAUCAAUAGAACUAGUGAUAUAGCCAGGGGAAAUGGGUGGGAUCCUUUGACUUUUAAGCACUCCAAAUGGUGGGAUGGCCAUAGAGGAGCACGACUGCUUAAGCCGAGGAGAAGCAAGCUGUCAAACUUCUUCAAGGCACAGUUGAACCAAAUAAAAAAAUGGCUAGAGGAGUGGCCGUCUUAUGAGCGUGUGGACAUGCUUUCUGAGAUUGUCAAGUGCUGUGAUCCAGAAUGUUUGAACUUUUUCGCUCUCUGCCUCAGUCAAAGAUUGAGAGAGGAGACUGGAUUGAACUGUGUUCCUGAUCAGACAUUGCUAAAGAUAUUUUCAUUAUUGGAUGUGAGAAGUCUUUGUAAUAGUUCACAGGUGUGUAGAAGAUGGAGAUAUCUUGGCCAAGAAGGAACUCUGUGGCGUGGUAGAAUUGAUAACCUAGGGAAAUCAGAGGGGAUAGUGAACCUUACCGAAAAAAUUGAAGCCCUCAGCAAUGACCAGUAUGUAGACUGGAAGCAGGCAUACCGUGAGGUUUACCAGCAUUACCAUGAUCUGGCCAAUGCCAAGGUUGCCAUACCCAUACAAGAACCAAAAGAGACCAAGAAAGAGAAGAAAGUUAGAAUUGAUGUGCACAAGGAAAAAAAUAAAGAACCUGAGGAUAACACUUGCAAUUUGCGUACUAGCAGCAGGGCAGAUCCAGUGAGCAGCAUUCAAGCUAUUGAGAUCAGUGUUCCUCAGAAAGUUGAUGUGGUAGUCACAAAGUCUCUAGAAGAUGUUGGCCCUGCACAGUCACCCACGACUACUGACCAGAGGUCCCAAAUAGAUGAGUUUGAGUCUCGACCUGAGGACCAGAAUGACCUGACAGGGGGCAACCUCAAGAUGCUCGCUAGAGGGUUGAGGGCUCUCAUGCGAGAGAAUGACGCAGAUAAGGAGGAAGAGUUGGCACUGGAUGUCAGACCAGCUCUUGUGCAAGCAGCUAAUGUACUUAAGGAAUCUGACCAUCCUGACCGUUCUCGCUUUCGCUACCUCUCCCUUGCUGUGCAAGGCGUUCUUACCAUCAAACGUGUCAGACGACUUCAGGGCCACAUGGAUGUCGUGCUGUGUCUACAAUUCGACCGCAGAAGGGUGGUCACGGGUUCGUCUGACCGCACUAUUCGCAUGUGGGACGUCAGGAGUGGGCGAAGUAUCCGCAAGAUGAAAGGCCAUAAGGGCGGUGUACGUUGCCUUCAGUUCGAUAACGAGCGUAUCAUCAGUGGGUCGUGGGACAUGACGAUCAUGGUGUGGCACAUCGUCAAGUUUACACGUCUCCACGUGCUCUACGGACACAAGGGAUGCGUCUCUUGCCUUCGCUUUGAUGAAAACACGCUGGUAUCCGGUUCACAUGACUCCACCAUCCGCGUGUGGGAUAUGCGCACGUGGGAAUGCGUCCUUGUGUUACAGGGACAUGAAGGUGCUGUGUCGUGCUUGGAGUUUGAUGCGCCGUUUGUGUUGAGUGGGUCAGCUGAUAAGACCAUCAAGUUGUGGAAUGUGGAGUCGGGGGACUGUCUGAACACACUAAGAGGUCAUGCAGAUGCGGUCACCUCAGUUAAGGUGAUAGGGGAGCUCAUCCUAAGUGGAUCCGCAGAUGGGAUGAUCCUGUUUUGGGACUUGGAUUCUGGACAUUGCGAGGCUGCUAUACAGGCUCACGAGGGGCCGGUCCACUCACUCUCUUACGCCAAUGAUCAUUUCUUCUCUGCUGGAGGGGAUAACAUGAUCAAGGAGUGGGAUGUCGGCACGUGUACAUGCCUUCGUACGCUACAGGGACACAGGGGACCCGUGCAGGAUGUCAUGGUCGCUGGUCGCCGAAUAGUAACGUGUUCCAGUGAUGGCAGCGUGAGGAUCUGGGACCUAGCAGGGAACACUCCAGAGCAGGGCCAGUCUAAGAGUGUCAGUGUGGGCGAGAAUACAAUUGAGACCAAGACCAUCAAGAAGCACCCAGACUCAGAAUUCUUCUGACCCCAUACAUGAGUUUGAUUGCCCGAUCUCAUUUUUGUUGACUCAUGUCUUGUCCAUCGUCGCAAUAUUCCAUGUGUUUGAAAACAAGCAUUCACGAAUUAUGUCCAAAUAAGAGCCGGCUAGCGGGCUGAAAACCACACCGAAAUUAUAUGUAUUAGAGAUUAAUAAUUUAAAUAAUGAAAAUGUAAAUAAUGACGCAAAAUAUAAAGAAUAUAUGAGAUGCA